GGAACUAAGAUAUAAAACCCCAAAAGCCGGGAAUCAGUCGAGCCUCAAGCUGCCGGAUCCAGUUCGCCCGAGCGCUGAAGCUACUUCCCGACUCUGAAGUCGAAAUGGCCUACGCCGUGGUAUCAAGAUCGUCGACGGCUGCCAUGAGCAUCACAUUGGCGUUUGUAUCUGCCUCCGCCAUCCUAUCUCUUUAUUUCGUGACGAAGAAGUCGAGAGAGUUGGGUUCCAAAGUCCGAGAGCUCGAGGCUUCUCUGGCAGCUUCUUUAAAGAAAACCAUCGCCGAGAGACAAGGCCGAAUACGGGCACAGCAGGCUUUAAGGAAAGCAGUUUCGGAACCGAAGUCUGAUAGCGUGGAGUGUACUUUGUAUCCCAUGGCACCAAUUGGUACUAUCCAAUCAUCCUUCUCUACUAGGAAUGGGACUCCGAGGCAAUCUUUAGUGGUACCUCUUGCGAGGGCACGGUUGGUGUUUUCUUCUCGCAUUCCUCCAGCUUCCAUUGAAGGUCUUGGAGAAUAUUCCCAUUGCUGGGUCAUAUAUGUCUUUCAUUUAAACACAAAUCUUGACAAGUUGUGGAAGGAUCCAUCGAAAUCGAAAUUCAAGGCUAAAGUUAAAGUACCGAGGUUGAAAGGCGAAAAAGUAGGAAUCUUUGCUACGAGAUCCCCACAUAGACCAUGCCCAAUUGGAAUCACCAUUGCAAAGGUGGAGGCUAUCCAGGGACAUCAAAUUCUACUCUCUGGUGCCGAUCUUGUUGAUGGAACUCCAGUACUUGAUGUUAAACCUUAUCUACCGUACUGUGACAGUAUCCAAGAUGCAACAGUCCCUAAGUGGUUAACGGGGGAAAAUGUAUUGUCUGUUGCAUCCAUUUGCUUCUCUGAGGAAUUUACUCCCUCGCUAUCGGAGUGUUGGCCACUAAUAGAAAAGAAAUCGCUUUAUGCAUCGGCAGAUGAGUUGAAAAGCUUUGUGAAGCAGGUGCUUUCAUGGGAUAUUCGAUCAUUGUCACAACGUAGUCAACCUCAUGAAUCCUACCUUACGACUACAAGAGGACAUGAGUUGUCCGAUGGUAGUUCAGAUUCAGAUGGUCACCUAGAUGAAACACUUCCUAGUGGAACUUCCCAAAGUUCUUCUAAGAGCGUUGUCUAUCACCUACUUGUAGAUGGAUUAAAUGUGUCAUACACAAUCGGUUGCCAAGGCGACGUGGUUGUGAGAAAAGUGGAGGUUGCAUCACCCAGCUGAAUAGGCCAAUCAGGGUAACUUGUCUUUUUACUAUGUAGGGAAUUCUCACUCAAAACUAAACUGCCUUGUAUGGAGCUCGAUCUCCUUACAUUUCUUAUUCAUCUUUCUCUUCACAAAAGGUGUAUGGUUGAAAUUGAGACAAGCAUGCUGGAUAGAAUCUUAGUCGUGGGUUGUUAGAUGGUCAGUGAAAUAGUUUUGGUUGAAAAUGUGUGGCUAUCUGCUGAUGAGUGAUUGUUUGACUUUUGUACCACAUUCUUAAAGAAGGGAAAUGUUUUGAAGUCUA